CGGCAACCUUUUGAAACAUAGUCAUGAGUUCAUGUUGCUUUUCCCUGCAGAGCAUUUGCAAUUCCCUCUUUUGCGAGAAUUAAUGACAAGUUUUAAUGAAAGGGGUUGUGAACCCUGCUAGCACAGAGUCAGAUCACAAGCCUUCUGUAAAUUAUUUGUCAUCUUUUCUUUUUGGCCAAAAGAAAGAUGACGUCGUCUUUAUCCGUAUGAAUACGCCGACUCAGCUCGAAAAAGAAUACCGUUUUGGUCCAAUUCUUGGUGAAGGCACCUUUGGUAUUGUUUAUUCAGGAGUACGAAUAAAGGAUAAUGCUAAAUGCGCAAUUAAAAAGAUCGAAAGGGAGCGAACCUAUUCGGCCAGUGAAAGAGCGCGCCUGGAUCGUGAGAUCUCUAUCCUCCGUCUAGUAAAACAUCCAGGCAUCAUCGAACUUUUAGCGGUGGCGGAGUCUCCAUCUUACCUAUUUCUCAUCACUGAACUGUGUGAAGGAGACACACUGGCUGACUGUCUCGAUCGUCUACCAAACAGCACUGGAUUAGAAGAAUACGUAGCCGUUGAGAUCGUCCGACAAGUGGCGGCGGCUCUUUCAUACUUGCAUAAUCGUGGUAUCGUACAUCGGGAUUUAAAAGCGGGAAACAUCAUGCUGCUUCACAAAGUUCAUUUAGAUUACCGACCGAUCUCACUGGAUAAAACCAUGAAUCAGAGACAUGCUUUAAAUGGGAAAUAUGCUUCCAACCCAACCGCCAAUCGCAGCCUGCCGCAGGGUGCUUCCUGGACAUCUCCCACAGUUCCGGUAAUCACAGACGUAGAAGUGACACAAUCGGCGAGGCAAAUGCGAUACACCAAUAUUGAUUCAUCUGUUCGUUCGAAAGCCAGUCGCACAAGUACCAAACACGCUGCAUCAUCUGCAGCCCCAGUUACUCUCUCUUCAGAGGACAAGGGGCAUAAAUCGCACCCUCUCAAAUCGAUGGAAGGAGGCCCUGGAAAGAUGGCCCCUACCGAGUAUAUGCAACACCCGAGGUCACCACCGCCUAGCCUUCGCACAAAGCUGAUCGACUUCGGCCUGGCUAUCGAGGUACGCAAAAACGAAGAACCUCUGGGCAACGCAUGUGGAACACCACUUUACAUGGCCCCAGAGGUUCUAAGUGGGCGCUCCUACACUCGCCAGUGCGAUGUUUGGAGCCUAGGUAUACUAGUUUACCAGCUGUUGAACUGUCAACUACCUUACAAUGCUCAAACGGAGGAGCAGUUGCUGGAGCAAAUGAACCGUUUUGACAUCAAAAUCCUUACUCGAAAAAUGAAGCAUCUUUCACCCCCUGCAUUAAACUGUCUUUCACGAGUACUUCAUUUGGAUCCCGCUUACCGAUACUCGGCGUCAGAACUACUACUAGAUCCCUGGAUUACCCAGUAUGCAGUGGUUCAUAGGGAUGAAAUCACUUUUGAGCAUCUGGAUAGAAAGCAUUCUUCUGUGGAUGGACAAACUGAUGCUUCUGGCCGAGCUAGUUCUAACGUCUUCCCCUUGGAUCCAACAUUUUCUAAGACUAUCAAUCCAACUGGGAGCAGACCACCAUCAGUUGGAUUCGCACAUUCGAGCAGCACAUAUUCUGCGACCAACGUGCUAGAAUUAAUGAAGCAGUACCACAAGGAACUGACAAGUAAUAAACAGGAUAGUACCGAACAUACAAUCAAAUCUAACACCACUGAAUGAACAGCAUGCUAACCUGAAGAACUAUCGGACCCGAUACUAGGAGACCGAGGUAAUGAAUGACUGUCUUCUUCCGCAGAUGUCUAUGGACGAAAUUAAAUGCCGUAAACGCCAUCCAUGCUUUAACAUGCGGAUGAUCUCUGACACGCAUCAUUCACAAAUAUUCCGGAGGGUCGAACCGUAAAAUGAAUUCCCAGAGUAAUGUAUUUCCUUUUUCUUGUUUCGCUUCCUUUAGUCAGUGUGACUCAUUUUCUAUUUCCUCCUCAACUUUCGAUGUUCCCAGCGAAGAUGAAGAAUGGAACAACCUUUGUGAUCGAGUAUGCUUGUUGUGUUACUUCUGUGAAAUCUUUUUCGUUCCUUUUCCGGGUAUCCAAAAGCGCCCGUUGCCAGAGAACAAGUGGGUUCACUAUCAGACAGAACUCUUCCAACUGCCUAUGGAUUUUUCGGUACAAGUUUUUCAUUACUGUUAUCCAUAAAAUUUAUGUUGUACACCAACGGUUCUGGAUCAAAUCAACAUUAACAGACAACCC